AUGCAAUACAGCUCCAACGCACGGCUCGCACCUUCUAACUUCCGUGGAAUCGUGCUCCUCACUACAGCAGAGAGCCAGGCCAGCAUACACGCGUUACUGCAUACACUACAUGUGUUCAAGGAUGUCACAUCUAUUCCUCCGCUGCGAAGGGAGGCGCGGAAGGAUGCAGGAGUAGCUGAGACAUCGCUGAGGAAGAAGCAUGUGCUCAUACUUGGCGCUGGGAUGGUUGCAUUGACGUAUUCUCUCAGUACUUCACAAUACGCUGCUGCCUUCGGCAUUCGUGGUACACCCUCCAUCAGGAAAACGUUGGUGUGCUUUAAUCAUUCUUAA